GCAGAGUACAGAGGCAGUCCUAAGAACGGCACAGAGUCAGCCGUGGACCUGCUGGGUCUGGAUGCUCCAGAGGGGGGUGAGAAGGGCUCAGGGGGUGCUGCACCAAUUGGUGAUGAACUGGAUAUCUUUGGACCAAUGGUCUCCAACCCACUCCCCUCAUCCAACAACACACAGCAGGCUCAGUCUGGUUCCAGUAUAACAACUCCACAGGUGGACCCCUCCACCUCCUCCUCUUCUUCCUCCUCUACCUCCACCACUACCACAGCGAAAGCAGAGGAGAAGAAGCUUUUAUCUAAAGACUCGAUCCUGUCCCUGUACGCAAGCAGCUCAGUGGGCAGUCAGCCACAAAGCCAGCAACAGCCUGCUCCAGGACAAGGCAGUGUGUACAUGGGCCAGCCUCAGAUGCAGUUCACUCCGCAGGGCUACGCCACAGCAGUGGCUGGAAGUAUCCCACCCACCACCACCAUGAUGGGGUCUGGGGCCAUGGUGUCUGGGAUGGCACUGCCAAAUGGGGGCUACAUGAGCAUGCAGCAGGGUGCGAUGCCUGCCAACCAAGGACAGAACAUGUACAGCAUGCAGCAAGGACAGUGGAAUAUGGGCCAGAUGACCCAGCAGAUGUCAGGCAUGGCUCUGAGUGGUGGAGGGCCUGCGCCAGCUGCGUCCAGCCAAUCAGGCACCCCUGGGGCCGGUUGGCCCGCAGCUCCAUCGCCGGCUUCAGGCCAGACCCUCAGCACUCAGCUGUGGAAGUGACGAGUAUGGGGUCCAGAGGAUGUGGUGGUGGGGUGGGGAGUGGAGGGCAGCGACAUGGCAAGAAAACACCCAUAUUUUCCAACCAAUCCAUGUCCCUACAGCUCUGAUUAUAUACAGCAAGGACAGUCCGUGUGCCCCAACACACCUUCACCGCAGUUCCUUUAGAGGGCCAAGAUGACAUCACAAUGGAUUGGAGCAGUAAAAAAACAAAACGAAAAAAACCCGGCAACUGCUAUGUUGCGUCUAUAGUUGACUUCCUUUUCUUUUCUGGUUUCCUUUUUGUUG